AUGCCGUCCACUAUCUCAAAUAUUCUAGAAGGGAGAUCAGAGGUUGAGCGAGUGGUGUACAAUGAUCCAGACCAGGACAUUGGGUUUGUGCUGCUCCCUGACAUGAAGUGGGACCAGGGAAUACUGGAGAACCUCUAUACGCUCGCUGUGGUGCACAAGAGAGAUUUGAAACUGACUAGGUAUUCUGAGAUGAUUCGAGAUAAGUAUAAUGGACUACCUGCUGAGGAGCUGCACUGCUAUCUCCAUUAUCAGCCGUCUUACUAUCAUCUGCACAUGCACUUUUCACACCUCAAGUACAACGCCCCGAGGAUCUUCAUAGGGCAGUCACAUUUGUUGGACGAGGUCAUUGACAAUAUACAGCUCGACAGUCAGUACUAUGCUAAGAGAACUAUUAGUUUUAUUGUGAAGCGUGAUAGACCAUUAUUUCAGUGCUUUCAAAAGCACAAACCAUUAACCUGAUUAAUUAUCUGAAAUGUACC